AGCGCCUGGCUUAAUUAAUUGCUGCGAUCUGGCUCCUAUUGGACGUGCGCGUUCACGCGUGCGUGCGCGUGAACGCGCAUGUGUGUGUGUGUGUGUGUGUUUCCCUUUUUUUUGUGUCUCCAAAGCGAACAUGAAAUAGUUUUUUUUUUUUGUGUUGAUCUUCACUUUCCUUCCUCCUCCAAAUCCCCCCUUCCUUCCUUUCCUCGCGUCCUUUUCCUUUCCUCCUUUUUCCCCCCCUCGUCCCGCUCUCGGCGCAGGGGGCUUUCAGUACCGGAUGAGUUCGGCGAUGUUGGACAUGGAGCAGCGCAAGGAGCUGAAAAUGAUCCCCCCGAAGGCGUCCUUCAGCAUCCACAGUCUGGUGCCGGAGGCCGUGCAGGGCGACAAUAACCCGCAGAACCAGCACCCGCAGCGGGCGGACGCCGACAAGCCCCCCGGCGGGGCGCAGGACGCCAAGGCGGAGAGCAUGAAGAGCGAGGCGGCGGCGGAAGACAAGAAGGAGGGCGGCAAGGAGCCGGAGCCGGCGUCCAAGGAGGGCGACAAGAAGACGGGCAAGUUCGAGAAGCCGCCCUUCUCCUACAACGCGCUCAUCAUGAUGGCCAUCCGCCAGAGUCCCGAGAAGCGGCUGACGCUGAACGGCAUCUACGAGUUCAUCAUGAAGAACUUCCCGUACUACCGCGAGAACAAGCAGGGCUGGCAGAACUCCAUCCGCCACAAUCUGAGCCUCAACAAGUGCUUCGUCAAGGUGCCGCGGCACUACGACGACCCGGGCAAGGGCAACUACUGGAUGCUGGACCCGAGCAGCGACGACGUCUUCAUCGGCGGCACCACCGGCAAGCUCCGCCGGCGCUCCACCACCUCGCGGGCCAAGCUGGCCUUCAAGCGCGGCGCCCGCCUGACCUCCGGCCUCACCUUCAUGGAGCGCGCCGGCUCGCUCUACUGGCCCGUCUCGCCCUUCCUGUCGCUGCACCACCCGCGGCCCGCCAUGGGCUACGGCGGCGCGGCGCCGGCCUACCCGGGCCACCACGCCAUGUCGUACGGCGCCGUGCUGGGACACGGCAACCACGCGUCGUUCGCGCCGCCCGGCGGGCUGAGCGUGGAGCGGCUGGUGGGCGGCGAGCUGCCGUACGCCACGCACCACCUGACGGCGGCGGCGCUGGCGGCCUCGGCGGUGCCGUGCGGCCUCUCGGUGCCCUGCUCGGGGACCACCUACUCCCUCAACCCGUGCUCGGCGGUCAACCUGCUGGCCGGCCAGAGCAGCUACUUCUUCCCGCACAUGCCGCACCCGACCGUGGGCGCGCAGACCGGCAACUCGGCGCCGGGCGGGCGGGCCGCGAGCGCCGCGUCCCCGCAGGCCGUCACCUGUGACUCCCUCCGGCCGCCCAUGAGCGCCUCGCUGCCGGCCUUCUCCUCCGGACUCUCCGCCGGCCUCUCUGACUAUUUCACGCACCAGAACCAGGCCGCCGCCGCCCCCAACCCGCUCAUACACUAACCCCCCCACUCCUCCCCGAACUUUGCCGAACCUGCACGAACCUCGCCGAACUCCACGAGUUCUGACUGUAAGUUGAACAUUUUCCGUGUAAAAAAAAAACAAAAAACAACAACAACAGAAGAAUAUAAAAACAUCCGGGAAGUUUCCAGCUAUUUUUAAUAUUAUUGUUAAUUAUUAUUAUUAUUAUUAUUAUGACGUCUUGUGUGCGCGUGCGCGCGCGUGUCACCGCAGUCAGUAUUAUUUCCACCAUUAUUAGGAGAUUGGGGCGCGCGCGUGACACGCGCACGGACGUCCCCUCCUGUUGGACUCUUUUUUUUUUUUCUCUCCUUGUUCCAACUGUAAACUUGUUCUUUGGCUUUUAUGUCGUCAUCCAAAAAAAAAACAAUAUUCACGGCGUCACGUGUCCUCCUCCUCCUCCUCCUUC